AUGAAGUAUUUUUUCUUCAGUAUCGACUUCUCAAACGACACUGACGUCGCCUAUACGGGACUACGGGGCUCAAUCCAGAGAGAGAUCAUCUACCUUCGUGACAGCUAUGAAACUUUGCGAAAGGAUCUGGAUGAGUGGAUGAACACGCCAUACCAUCGUAAUGUGGUUAUCCCUGCAGCCAUUGGUGUGGCAAGUGCCCUGGUUUCGUUACUUCUCUAUUUCUUCGUGAGAAGUUCAUGGAGACGAUGUGUUCGAAGAUUUCGUCGUACACGACUAUCACAUAUGAGCUGCGAUCUCAAUGGUGAUAAAAAGCGCAUGCUGCCUCGAAAAGACGACAGUGAUGAAGAUGAUUUGUAA